UUAGAUUCGUUAAAGAUUAAUUAAAUACCUUAUUCUCGAAUCGUCAAGGUCAAUAACCAUUACCACAGCCAAGUGCUCUAGCAGACAACAGGCCUAUCUGGUCUUUCACCUGUAUGUCCAGACUAUUACAGGUCAGCCCAGGUCUGAUCCAGGAUUCAGGUCAGGGUUAUCCAUCGUUCUGGCUUUUUCCUCAAACUCACCCAGUCCAUAGACGUGCUCCCACACAGUUGCCACCAUUCGCCCCUCUCUCGCCACAGCAGUUCUCCCGUCCAGGCCCCGCUCCGGCCCGGCGUCAGGCAUGGCGCCUCAGGGGCGGGAUCACCUGGCCACACGGGAGUCUGCAGGCCGUAGACGGAGCCCAAAUGUGCGGCACACGCUCAGCCCAGAGAAUCUUCGGAGCUUAGCCGAGCGCGGUGGAGCUGAGCAGGCUGGAGUUGGACUCCCCAGAGCCAACAGCGAUACGGACCUGGUCAGUUCUCAAGGGCGAUCCUCACUCACGGCUUCUACUUUAGAGUUCACUCUGGGCCGGGGCCAGAACUUGGUCAUCACAUGGGAUAUCAAGGAAGAGGUGGAUGCUACAGACUGGAUUGGCAUGUACCACAUAGAUGAGACCUGUCCAUCAAAUAUGUGGGAUUGCAAGAACCGUGGGGUUAACGGUACACAGUGUGGUCAGAUUUUCUGGAGGCUGGAGGCAGGGCCAUACUUCCUUGAAGCUGAGACAAGGAUCUGUUUUAAGUACUAUCAUGGAGUAAGCGGUGCGCUGAGAGCCACAACUCCCUGCAUCACAGUCAAGAACCCCAGAGCCUCGGUCGACGGUCAAGGUGAAGGACCGCAAGCUUCAGACAGCAGCCGAAAAUUGGUCAGCUUUACUCUAUCAGAUAUCCGGGCUGUGGGGCUGAAGAAGGGGAUGUUUUUUAAUCCAGACCCUUAUUUGAAGAUGAGCAUUCAUCCUGGCAAGAGAAGUUGCUUUCCGACAUUUUCUCAUCAUGGCCAAGACAGACGAUCUGGCAUUACAACUAACACUACUAAUCCUUUGUGGCAUGGAGAGAAACACACUUUUGUGGCUCUUAUGACAGACGUCUUAGUGGUUGAGGUUAAAGACAAGUUUGCUAAAAGUCGACCAAUUAUUAAGCGCUUUCUGGGUCAACUGAACAUUCCGGUGCAGAUGCUGCUGGAGAGACACGCAUCAGGGAACCAAUCACUGAGCUUCUCUCUAUGUCGUCGCUUGCCCACUGAUCAUGUGAGUGGUCAAAUGCACUUUAAAGUGGAUGUUACAUCCAUGGGCCAAGAUGACAUUUCUCCUGAGACGAUUCUGGGGGCAGCAGCCCUCAAUGGAGCUCCUGGAACCCCUUCAGAUGAUGAAGAACUGCCCCAUCCUCUUCCUGUCCCAUCAGCAGGCCCUUCCCCCACCGGCUCCCUGGGUUCCCAUAGAAAUGGGGAAGGGAGCAGCAUUCGCUCCCCAGACACAGAGAUGUAUGGUACCACCCUGGACGAUGAAACCCCUUCUUCACCUGACCCGCUCCAGGUUUCUUUCAGUGAGCAGCUUGAUGCCAUUGAUGCACCUAAGGGCCCGGGAGACAGGCCUUUUGGGGCAGCUUCUCCCAAACUACGAUCCAGCUUUCCCACACAUACGCGCCUCAGUGCUAUGUUGCAUAUUGACUCAGAUGAAGAUGAGGAAAGAUCCACUGCUACAGAGGCUACGCUGCCUACAUUUAAUGGUGCUUCAAGGACUCAAAACACCCCCCCAAAACCACCAAUUACAGAACCUGUGUUUGAAAGAACUGUAGAGGAACCUCCAGAAGAGGCUGGCCUGGAGUCUGAAAUAGAGACUCUGAAUAUAGGCGUAGAGGUGGCUCCUGAGCCAGAAGUCGUGCCGAGUUCAGUGGCCCCUGAGGUGGAAACUGCCAGUCUGAUAGAGAGGCAAGAGGAAGAGGAGGAGGACGUGGAGGAAGAGGGGCUGGCACCCAGUGAGGAGCUGGCAACUGAAGUUGAUAUCUCUUCAAUGGCAUCUGACUGCUGCCCGGGCCUUGUGUCUGCUUCUCAGGAAGAGGAAUGUGAAGAUGUGACUGAGGACACAAUGUCCAGAAGAUGGAGCCUGGAGGCGACAGCCGGUGUGUCACAGGAGGAUGAAGAAGAAGAGGAGUUAAUGCCAUCAGUAGAUGGAGAAUCUGUGGACUCCGAGACUUUCAUUACUGAGACAGAAUCAGAAUUAGGUGUCCCUCAGAUCAACGGAGAUCAGCGUGUUCGUUCUCUGCCGUCUGUAAGACAAGACAUCCACCGAUACCAGCGUGUGGACGAGCCCUUACCUCCCAACUGGGAGGCUCGUAUUGACAGUCAUGGCCGUAUCUUCUUUGUGGAUCAUGUGAACCGCACCACCACAUGGCAGAGACCCACUGGCCCACCUGCUCCUCAGGGUCUGACCCGCUCCAGCUCCAUACUGCAGAUGGAGCAACUCAACCGCAGGUAUCAGAGUAUUCGUAGAACAAUGACCAGUGAAAGGUCUGAGGAACAAAGAGUGGAUGAUCCUCCUUCCGAAGAGACAGAACUGCUGCCCCACUCCAUCGGUGAAUACCGAAGGGACGGCUUUAUGGGUCAAGCCAACUCACGUUCUCGUCUGGCUUUGCUGCUUCAGUCUCCUGGUGCAAAGUUCCUCUCCAGUCCAGACUUCUUCUCUGUUCUGCAUUCUAAUACUAGUGCCUAUCGCAUGUUCACAAGUAAUACGUGUCUGAAGCACAUGAUCAGUAAAGUUAGACGGGACGUCCAACACUUCGAACGGUACCAGCACAACCGGGACCUUGUCAACUUCCUCAAUCUGUUCUCCAACAAGCAGCUGGAGCUGCCACGGGGCUGGGAGAUGAAACAUGACCACACUGAGAAGCCCUUCUUUGUGGAUCAUAACUGUCGUGCCACAACAUUUAUUGACCCACGGCUGCCCUUACAGAACUCCCGGUCCAGCGGCCUGCUGGCUCACCGACAGCACCUGACCCGCCAGCGCAGCCACAGUGCAGGAGAGGUAGCAGAUGACUCUCGCUCUCCGAGUCCUCCUGUCCAGGGCCGGUCGUCAAGAAACAGUCAGUAUCAGGACUUGGUGCCUGUCGCUUAUAAUGAGAAGAUUGUCGCAUUUCUGAGACAACCCAACAUUUUUGAGAUUCUGCAAGAAAGACAGCCGGAGCUUGUGAGAAACCACUCCCUUAGAGAGAAGGUUCAGUUCAUCCGCAAUGAGGGGCCAACUGGGUUGACCCGUCUGUCCAGUGAUGCAGACCUAGUUAUGUUGCUCAGCCUGUUUGAAGAGGAAGUGAUGUCUUAUGUGCCGCCCAAUGCCUUGCUGCUCUCCAGCUACUGUCAUGCCUCCCCACAGAGCUCCCCUGGUGAGACGUCACAUGACCUGGACUUUCCAUGUGAUUUGAGUGAUCUAGAGUUUUUGGAUGAGGAGUUCCAUCAGAGUCUCCAGUGGAUGAAGGACAAUGACAUUGAGGAUAUGCUAGACCUCACCUUUACUGUCAAUGAGGAGGUGUUUGGACAGAUAACAGAGCGUGAGCUGAAGCCGGGUGGGUCUGGCAUCCCUGUGUCAGACAAGAACAAGAAAGAGUACAUUGAACGCAUGGUGAAGUGGCGGAUUGAGAGAGGUGUGGCCCAGCAGACAGAGAGUCUCGUGAGAGGAUUCUAUGAGGUGGUGGACGUCCGUCUGGUCUCUGUGUUUGAUGCCCGAGAGCUGGAGCUGGUCAUUGCUGGGACAGCGGAGAUCGACCUAGCCGAUUGGAGAAGCAAUACAGAAUACAGAGGAGGUUACCAUGAUAACAACAUAGUGAUUCGAUGGUUCUGGGCUGCAGUGGAGCGUUUCAACAACGAACAGAGACUACGACUCCUUCAGUUUGUUACAGGUACUUCCAGCAUUCCCUAUGAGGGUUUUGCCUCUCUGCGGGGCAGCAAUGGUCCACGUCGAUUCUGUGUGGAGAAAUGGGGCAAAGUGUCCUCCCUCCCACGGGCUCACACCUGCUUUAACCGUCUGGAUCUCCCUCCCUACCCCUCCUUCUCCAUGCUCUAUGAGAAGAUGCUCACUGCUGUGGAGGAGACCAGCACCUUUGGUCUGGAGUGAGCUCCCAUCACAGCAAAAGUGCUACUGAUUUUUUUUUCUUUCCCAGUUCUCCACAACCUGGCUUACCAUGCAGGCUUCAUUCUCAUCCCUCACUCUUCCCCAUGACCUUGGUAACCAGACACUUAAUUGUUUUGUCAAAGUCUACAGAACUGGAAUAUAUGUCAUCAAAUGAUUCACUGGGCAUGUGCCAACUCCUGCUCUAUACUGUAUGGAAUCAAAAUCCUGUGAUAACUACAUUCAAUUCCUCACACAAAUACAGACUUACACAUUCACAGAAAUCAGAGCAGGAGUCUUGAUCAUCUGGUUUUGGUUUUUCUGUCUGGACCAGCACAUUUGAUCUACGCUGUAGGGUUUUGCCUUUUGUUCUUGAAUGAGCUGCGUUUUUAAGUCCAAAGAUGUUUCAUUACAGUAAUGUAGUCACUCUAUUUCAUAUCUGUAGGGUUUGAAGGAACAAACCUGUGAUAGUUUUUGCUGCAGGGCUUUGUCAUGGCGAUAUGAUGUCAGUUAAGACCAACUUUUUUGGUUUCAGAGGUUUCACUUCAGCGGUCUUGGUUUUGAGGGGUCUGACCUAAAUGAUAUUGAUCUGGGCUGCAGCUCUGAAAACACAAAUUUUUUCCCAUCUUUUAAGAGAAUGAAAACACACAAAACAGCAUGCACACUCUUUUAUAGAGAUUCUUGCACCAAAUGUAGUGGUUGUAGAAUAGCAACCUGAACGUCCUAGGUUCAAACCGUGAGCUAGAAAUUUCCUCUAUCACCUCUUGUGCCCUUGAGCAAGACAUUUAUCAGCAGACUGUUCCAGGGGACUGUAAAUGUAGUAAUUCACUUUGGUUGGUCGACACUGAUUAACUAACAAACACCAACACUUAGUACUUUGUUACAUGCACACAUUUUUAAAUCCACUUCAACCUUUUAUGCAACCCACAAAUGUUACUAAAAACUAUGAAUGUAUAAACACUGAUCACCAUGUGCAACAGAUUUUUGUGUAUCAGGAAAGGUAGAUUUGUUCUUAGAGUCCAUCAUAAGGAGACCUAUUGCUCUAAACUGUGGAGACAGACACAAACGGUGGCCUUGAAAUUGUCUUUAUUAAAAUGUAUAGUUGGGUAUAGUUAAUAACAUGGUGAUGUGUGCAGUCCACUUGAGUAACUUAAAACCAGGGCUGCAGUGGUUAAAACCAGUAAAA